GCUGGCUGACAGAGAGGGAGAGGAUUGUCGGCGAUCGCGGGGGGGGACGGGCGGCCUCAUCCUCCGCCACAUCCGUCCUCCUGAUCCUCAUGGCCUCCCGAGCACCCUGCUAACCCGGAGCACAGGACCCGGAGAUCCCGGGGACACCGGCGACCGGAGGGGACUGUGAGCAACACCGCCGGGAAGAUGGCGGAGAGGCUGGAAUGGGUCGAGAUCAUAGAGCCGCGGACACGAGAGUGUAUGUACGCCAACCUGAUCACAGGGGAAUGUGUCUGGGAUCCACCGUCCGGCGUCCGGAUAAAACGCACCAAUGAGAAUCAAUGGUGGGAACUGUUUGACCCCAAUACAUCUCGAUUCUACUACUACAAUGCAAGCACCCAGAGGACAGUCUGGCACCGGCCACAAAACUGUGAUAUCAUCCCUUUAGCCAAACUACAGACACUGAAGCAGAACACAGAGUCCCCCAGGGCAUCCACCGAAAACAGCCCCGUACAGGGCAGCAACAUCAGCAGAGAAGGGAGCACCAGCUCGUCCCUGGAGCAGGAGCUGGACGGAGGAGACAAGGGUCCUGACCAAGUGAAAACCAAUCGCCACUCAGCUCCAUACUUCGUGGUGAAAGAGGACUCAGACAGGACGUCUUCCCUCAGAUGGAACACAGGCACCAAAGAAAGAAUGCUGAUUAAAGUGACAGACCGAGAGCCCAGCUUUCUGAUGCACCAAGGGAACGGUUAUACUACUGACAAUUCACAAGGUACCCGCUCCCGCCGGCCGUCAGGGGGACAGCCAUCGCCCAUCAUGCAGACAUUCUCAGUCGAUACCGACAACUCUGUCUUUUUUUCUGAGCGAAAGCAGUCACCAUAUAUGAAACGAGCAGAUCAUGUCGGCUCUUGUUCCCCAUUACUUGGACGAGGGGAAUCAUUCUGCACCUUACAACACAGGAAGCAUUCCAAUGAGUCCCAGCCAUCAUCUCCUCGCUAUGCCUACGAGCCGCCACUGUACGAAGAGCCUCCCAUGGAGUAUCAGGCUCCCCUCUAUGAUGAACCACCCAUGGAGAUGCAGUAUGACGCCAGUGGAAACUACAGAGCAAUGUCCCCUCAAAAGUCCCCUGUUCGCAAGCCACAUACCUUUCUUCAAUCUCCAAAACAGGCCUCCAACUCUCCGUACCAACAGCUGGUGUUGACCAAACAGAAAUGCUCGGACAGGUUCAUGAGUCUGGAUUACAGUCCGGCGGGCAAGGAAUAUGUCCGCCAGUUAGUGUAUGUUGAACAGUCUGGUUCCAGCCCCAAGAUGAAAACGGGUUUAAGGCACAAAUACAUGCCUAACACGAUAGGUGGGUCAUACUCAUUGCAACACAAUCCUCCGUACAUGAGGGACCAGCGUCUUGAAGUUAAAUCUGGAGACUACAGUAGUAUGGAAGGUUCAGAUUCACGGCAAGGUCAGCAACAACAUCCCUUCCACUCAGAAGACUCCAUGUCUUGGUCUAGUCAGCAGGACAGCAUGUCCUCUGCCAGUUAUUCUCCCAACACGAGGAAAAGGAAAAGCAGAAAACCUUCUUUGUCUCUGGAACCGAACCCAUCUCCGUCCGAAGGAUCAUCUGAUAGAGAGGGGCACAACGACCAGGGUAUGAUCGAGGAAAGGCCUUCAUCAAUGCCUAACCGCCCACUGAUGAGCCGAACGGAAAGCCGCUCAUCGGAGGCAGACAUGCAUCGGACCUCUACAGAAGCCUUCAUGGCACAAGCCCGGCUUGCCUGGGAGGCCCAGCAGGCGCACUUCCACAUGAAACAGAGAAGCAGUUGGGACUCCCAGAAGGAUGGCUCCGGCUAUGAGAGCGAUGGUGCAGUGCCUUUACCGAUGCCAGGUCCUGUUGUUAGGGCCUUCAGUGAGGAUGAAGCACUCGCGCAGCAAGACAGCAAACACUGGAAGAGAAGCACCUUUGAAAAACUUGGCUUUCCACAAAUACUACUGGAAAAAAGUGUGUCCGUUCAGACCAAUUUGGCUUCUCCAGAGCCGUAUUUACACCCUUCUCAGUCUGAAGACCUCGGUGCCUGCGCUCAGUUUGAGAACAGUCGAAACAACAGGAACAUGAUGCCCAGUUCCAGCUGUGUCUUCCCAACCUUCACCUUGAGGAAGCCUUCUUCUGAGACCGACAUUGAGAACUGGGCCUCCAAGCAUUUCAACAAGCACACGCAGGGUCUUUUCCGGAGGAAGGUGUCCAUUGCCAACAUGUUGGCCUGGAGUAGUGAGUCCAUCAAGAAGCCCAUGAUAAUGACCAACGACCGCAAUGUGAAGAAGGAGGCCUGCGAGAUAUUCAAGCUCAUUCAGAUGUACAUGGGAGACCGCCGAUCCAAGACCGACCAACUCAGCGUCGCCUUAGAGAUCGCCACCAAAGGGUGGAGCAUGCAAGGUCUGAGGGACGAGCUUUACAUCCAACUGUGCCGGCAGACCACUGAGAACUUCCGCUACGAAAGCCUGGCGCGUGGGUGGGAACUAAUGACCAUUUGUUUGGCUUUUUUCCCACCAACUCCUAAAUUUCAUUCUUACUUGGAGGGAUAUAUUUAUCGACACAUGGACCCUGUGAACGACACGAAAGUGAAUCAUCACAUAAAAGAACUUCUGGAAAGAGAGAAGAGAUCCAAAAUGAGAAAGAAACCAAAACCUUAUAUUGAAGAGCGUGAUGGAGUGGCGAUCAGCACCUAUGCCAAAUACUGUUACAGGAAACUUCAGAAAGCAGCUCUGAUGGGAGCGAAAAAGGGAUUGAAGAAACCAAACAUUGAGGAAAUCCGGCAUGCCCGUAACGCUGUGUUCAGCCCUUCCAUGUUCGGAAGCUCCUUACAGGAGAUCAUGAAUAUGCAGAAAGAGAAAUAUCCGGAAAGGCAGCUGCCUUGGGUACAAACACGGCUCUCCGAGGAAGUCUUGGCACUAAAUGGUGACCAGACUGAGGGCAUUUUCAGGGUACCUGGAGAUAUAGAUGAAGUGAACGCCCUAAAGCUGCAGGUUGAUCAGUGGAAGAUUCCAACCGGCCUAGAAGACCCCCAUGUUCCAGCGUCGUUAUUAAAACUGUGGUACCGGGAGCUGGAGGAGCCUCUGAUCCCUCACGAAUUCUACGAGCAGUGCAUCACUCACUACGAGAACCCAGAGGCGGCCAUUGCAGUUGUGCUUUCACUCCCAAAACUGAACAAGAUGGUGCUGUGCUACCUCAUCCGCUUCCUACAGGUAUUUGUCCAGCCAGCCAAUGUGGCUGUUACAAAAAUGGACGUCAGUAACCUCGCCAUGGUGAUGGCGCCAAACUGUCUGCGCUGCCAGUCGGACGAUCCGCGUAUCAUCUUCGAGAACACCAGGAAAGAAAUGUCCUUCAUCCGGGUCCUGAUCCAGCACCUGGACACAAGCUUCAUGGAGGCCGUUCUAUAGCAGAUUGUGAUGUCCCCCAGGACACGCGAAUACAGGAAUAUUGUGCGACCGUCUCUGUCUUCUCAUUAUUCCAGCAGAGACCUCCGCUCCCACCACAUUCUCAUCCUGUACAGACAACAUGGAGUGAAUGAGUCAUCUGCUGUGGCAAUAAGGACCCCACACCCCUCCACCUCGGACCAAAGUGCAGCAUAUGUCCCUGCAAGGCAUGAUGGGAGUGCAGGACACUGACUGCAGGGGUUAACGUGUACGCAUACAUGUGCCAGAGUUGUGAGGCGUGUUGUUUUGUGACUGUGCUCCAGCACAUAUAAUGUGCUUUCCAUUACCAAGCUUAUAAAAUAAGCCGUAUCCUCUCCCAUGUCAGGCAUAGGUCAGCUCUACCCUCCACGUAGAUCAGUGAGGCUGCCCCCUGGUGGUGGGCUGUGAAUAUGAACAGAUCAGUGAGGCUGCCCUCUAGUGGUGGGUGCUGGUAUGAUCAGAUCAGUAAUGCUGCCCUCUAGUGGUGGGUGCUGGUAUGAACAGAUCAGUGAG